CAGAGACUAAAAGCUGCAGUGUUUUUUUCGGUGGUACAGAUUUGUAAACAAGUCGAAGAAGAUACAGGGUGUACAAUAAACAAACAAGUUACAGCCUCUAUAUCAGAGUUAACUUGUAAACAAUUUGAAAAUGUAGCCACAGAUAUAGAACUCUUUGCAAAACACGCUAAAAGAAGUACAAUAAAUACAGAUGAUGUUAAACUUUUAGUUAGAAAAACACCCAACCUGGUAAAUAUUGAAGCAGAU